AAAAAAGUCUCUAAAACCAUCACUGCGUUUACAUGUUUUCCACCCCCAUCAGCACCUCAUCGACAUGGGACGAUGGAAAAUUAGUCAGGUUAAGCCCCGCCCUCACUGCCUGAAUCCACGCGACCCUUUUUUCCCUUUCUGUAUCCACGCGACCUACAUCUCUGGUGCGCGAGGCGUUACGUCAAUGGGGAAAAGACAACGGGCUGUUAUCGAGAAGGACCUGGACGCUUCUUGAACGACAAAACAAGGCGAAUAUAGGGCUUCCGAGACGCUGACAUCCAAGUGUGAAGAUGCAGCUUAAGUCAUCUCUACUUGGCCUGUUGCUUCUUUUGUUUCACUUCCCUUUCCUGUUGGCCAAAAGAGGAGGAGGAGGAGGAGGAGGAGGAGGUGGAAGGGGCCGGGGAGGGAAAAAGUGGUCUACAUCCAGCCGAGGUGGCACUAACAGCAACACGGGAUACAAAAAUAAUCAGGGCUCCGCUUCUCAGGCUGGAAAUCCGAAUCAGCCUGGACAAGCACCCGGAGGGGGGGCUUGGUAUCCAGGUGGUUACCCCAGGCAGCAGGCUGGAGGCUACUAUCCAGGAGUGCAGUCGCCGUAUGGAGCAGGAGGUAAUAGAGGGUACCCGGGUGGAUACAUCAAUGUCAACCCAAAUAACAAGAUUCUGAGCCCAGGCUACGGUGGUAGCUUUGGUUAUGGAGGAUAUGGCUCACGGGGCGGCUCUCCCUUUGCCCAGUCGGUCCAGAGAAUGGGUAGAUUUCCCGAUAGGAAGUCCACAGGGUUCGGCCGCAGAGCAGCGAUUGCAGCGGGCGGCGGCGCUGUGGUGGGAAUGGCUCUGGGCUUCGGGUUGGGAAGGUUCCCCCGGCCCUAUUUUCAGUUCCGCAACCCCCAAGAGGAGUAUUACUACAACAACUACAUGUACAGCAAAUAUGGUACCCGCUCCACUGACGCCAAUGACUACAGUAGAGACUAUCGCUACCGUACGCCCCCAGAGAGAUACGGCGACUACAUGGACUCCUGCAUGUGGAGGACCGACCUCCUGUCCACGGAGAAACCGGAGGCCAACAAUGAACCAGCCGCCAGCCCCUGGAACGACACCACCGCGGACACAGGCGGCAACGCGACAAGGACCAACAGCAGCGGCGGCGCGGGAAGCCCAGCUUCCCCCACACCUUUAAGCCCGUCUUCACAGGGCCUCAGCAGCACCGGAGAGGACGACACCGUCAGCAUCGUGGAGAUUGGCUAUCCGGCGCUGAUCGAGCAGGUGAAGGCCAGGAAAUGCUUGGAGCUUUUCUUGGUUUACUCUGAGAAAUACUUAGUGAGACAAACUGGAGGCGCUCAAGGGCUGACGUUGUCCCUGCAGGGGCUUUUAUCUGUCGCCUUCGGUACAGCAGUGAUGGUAAUUAAUAGCAACAUGAUAAUGUUCCUGCACUGAUACCUUUAAAAAAAAAAAAAAAAAAAAACUUUAAAUUGAUUUGGAAUCUGCGAUCCCCCCGAAAAACUGGAAAAAUAGAAGAAUUGAAGCUUCUUUUAAGGGGUUUUCCUUCUUUUUAACAGAGUAGCCGUGGACCAGUGUGAGGUUCCCAUGGUAUAGCACAAUUAUUUAAAAUGAAAAUGUAUUUAAAUCAAAAUGAAAAAGCAGCAGUUAUUCCUACUGCUGCUAAAGUAAUUGCAUUAUUAGUCAUAAUAAUGUUACCAGGUGAAUAUAUUUAUUGCAAUUUCUCAUGCAGGAUAAUUAACCUUUUUGCUGUUCUUCUUAAAGAGUAACACGAGCUCAUGUUAGCCCUUUAAUUGCUCAGGCUAUCUGCUCUCGUAGCCACUCUGCAGCUCGCUGAUUCACAGAGACGCCACUCAGAGCUUGCUAGCUGAAAUAAGCCUGCUGGGUGGGGGAUCCUUUUGUUUCCAUGCCAUGGCGGUCCAUGAUCUCAGGACCAAGCAGCCAAACUUGUCUUUCUGUUGUAGUAGCCUUCUUUCAGCCAGCUGCUGUUACUCUACGCUUCAUACAGCCAGAGGAAACUGGUGAGCCGAGCUCUUUCCCUGACAUCAGACUUUAAACCAUACGAACGGUAUACUGGGCUUUUAUUUAACUUUGGUAUGUUUGUCUAUUAGAAACAAAGUCUAAGUUUUCACUAAGGGGCACUAAAGUGAAACGUCAACCUUAGUCAUUCUCCAAUUUUAGUUAUUUCUGUUUCUCUUGAUCUCCCCCCACCCUAGACAACUGGAACUGGAUGCUUUUAUGUUUUUCAACAGAAACUGGUUGGUUGCCUUACUAACAUGGGUACUUGGGUUGUUUAAAGCAAAGGCUGAAUAUGCAGAUAUCCACAACAAAAUUGCUCAGGUGUUUUUUUUUAAAGUGUCAGAGAUUCCAGUCACACUCCGACAAAGAUAAUAAAUCAACACAACGCUGCAUUUAUCCCAAUAUAAUGCAGUUCUGCAAAUCCACAUUAGGCCAUGGACAGAAAUCUGGGCCCAUCAGUACAAUGUGCGCAUCUAGCUUCGGAAUAUCACGAUAUAAAGUUGUGAUAAAUUGUAUAUUUGUGACUGAAGCUGGUGCAGCUUUGGAAGAUCGAAUACAAACCAUCUUCUGGAGGCAUAAAGCUAUAGCCUGUGCCUGUUGAGUUACAAAUAGAGACAUUGGCACAGUGUUUGCACCUCACACUUAGCGUCAAAUCAAACCGGUUAUUAGCAUUCCACAGCAUCACAAACCUGAAUAAUUAAUACGUUUCUUCUCCACCGCUGGAGAUCUUUCUCAUUACAUGAAAUGUGCUGCAGCAGUCAAACAAUGCACUGCUUAGGAAAACGAGCCCAAUAAUGGUUUCACCACAAAGCCGCAGCAUAAAAAGCGGCCUCUGAAAUCCAUUUAGGUUGUAAUGUGUUUAGUGGUUGGGGCGCCGCCUGACUGCUGCUUCCUGACUAAAGUUAUGCAGAGCAUCCAAGAGUUGCCUCUGCUUUCCGUCUCAGGUUACACCAUUGAUUUAAAAGCAGGAAGGGAUUUAGUAAAACGACGACAUUAUUAUUAUUAUCAUUAAAACUAAACCACGUCUAACCGACCAACUGUCAUCUGCUGGCAUUUAUUUGAUUUAAAUUCCUGUAAUAAUGAUGUCAGACAUACUUUGGACCUUUCCCAAACACUUGCAGACUCUUUGUGUCUUUCCUUGCUUUGUUGCUAACUUCGUCCUCCGUCUGCAGCCGCCUGUGGCUGCCUAAGUGCUCUUAAGCCCUUUAGGUACCAUAUCUGAGCCCGACCCAAUAGAACGUGUCUUACAUUAUCAGCUUUUGUGCACUACGGUGUGUUUUUGCAUGCCGUAGAUGUUUCUCUCCAACGCCCACAGAGGUUUUUUUUGCCAGUUUUAUUCACAUCACAGCACAUUUAAGAUGUAUCUUUAAUCUAAAACAUUUAGCUUGGCCAUUAUGCAGUUUUUAGCUUAAUGUUUAUUACAUUUUAAGGUUUUAUACAUUAUAAGGAAGCAAAUGUAACAAUCAGAAGCAAACAUGUUUUUUUUUUUUUUUUUCCAUCGGGUGAUUGUUCCUUUUUUUUUUUUUUUCUUUAAGGUUUGAGUUUUACAUCUGAAAGUGAAUAAAAAAUAAAAAGCCCUCCACGUUUCAGUGCCACUGCUGGUAAAAGUGAUUAGAAAGCCUUGAACUAAAUUAAUCUUUGAUUGCAGCAUCAGCAGCAUCUCUCCAUCCAUCUUUGCUGGGGUCCCGCUCACCUUCGUAGGGUCACUGGGGUCCUGCAGUCGUUGGACAAUAAUCCUCUAUAAUCUUUCAGGAAAAUUUUUUUAAUAGAAUCCUACCUUUUCAUUUUAGCACGUUUACUAAUUUUGGUAAAAAAAAAAAAAAAAGACGUUUAAGGAAUAUUUUAAUAAUUUCUUAGAUGCUGAAUUUCUUGCUGUCCAUGUUCUCAUGUUGAAAAUAGUUCUCGGUGCCGUGUAGUCGACAUGCCUCCCAGGCCCUCUGGAGGACAACCCGGUCAUAUUGGACAAGGAGCAUGAGCCGCUUGUCCUCUUGUUCUUUGGAGUCAUGCGAAACACAUGUUUUGUAGUUUUAAAAGCUAAAUCUUAAGUCUCCUCUGACCAGAGCACCCAAAGGUUACGGUUUCUUGAUUAUUUUUUUCCCCCCCAAAGUGUGAUCCUGCUGUUGCUAUAAAAGAUGCCGAUAUUUGAGUCUUUUUAAUGUCUUUAUCUGACCUAACAGUGCGUGUGGACGGCUCUGUGUCACGUAGCAAAUAAUAGCUCAAAAAGGAGAAUAAGUACAGUACACCACCGCUUUAAAAUCAAUAUGUUCUCUACAAAUAUUUUUUUGUUUAUUUCUGCAUCAUCCACAAUUGUUAGGCUUAAGCCCCCUAAGAAAAGUUUUUGUGGGAAAAAAAAGACUGAACUUGUAUCUAUUUGUGCUGCUCCCGUUAUUUACCCAUGAUGCCUUUCUCAUGACGUAAUUGAUAUGUGUACUUUGUUGUUUUAUAUUGAUAUAUUUUAUAUUUGUUGGUUUUUGAUUUAUUUAUAUCAGGGCAAAGUCACCAACCCGUCCACCAUUUUGAGAGUUGUCGUCCUUCCCAUGACUCCUGGCGCCUUUUAUAACACAGGAUUUCCUCCUGAUCAUGUCAGAAAUGUCUUUAUCAUUGAGCUUUUCUUUUAAUAAUGUGACAUAUUAUCACCUAUACAGAUCUCGUGUCCAGUGUGGCAAAGGAAACCUGUAAUUGCUGGUUUGUUGGGCUUUUUAUUCAAGUAUGUUUGUCCUCCUUGCAGAUUUCUUUAAAACAUGGCUACUGAAACUGAGGAUGUUUUGUAAGCGUUUAUUCACUGACAGGUAAAACGCCUUCAUAUCGGUCCGACCUAACAGUUUGUUUAAAGAAACUUUAUAAGAAUGUAUCCUAAGCUCACAGGUUUUGAAGGUAAAUCUACAUUUAUCUACAUUAACAAACAUAUAUGCUGUUUUUGAUCUCAUGGAUAGAGUUUGAGUAUUCAUGAAUACAGCCAUGAAUGCUCAAUAACAUCUUGAGUCAUGAAUACAGACCAAAAGAUUGUGCCAUAUAUAGACAUUUCAGAUUUGUGCUGGUUUGGUUAGCAGCACCUUUCCAAUUUGGGUUUUAAACACAUAGUUUGGUAAAUAUCUUUUUUGUCAAUGCUACAAUACAAUGUAGUUAAAACUGUUUAGUUAUAUAAGGCUAAACUGGGAAUUGGGCUCUAAAGGGGCUAAAUCCAGACUUUCUGAAACACAUCAGUCCGUAUACUGCCAGCCACUAGAGGGCAGUGUGGCAAAGAAACUGAAAAAAAUACCUUUGUGUUUUUUCUUACUGUGAUAAACGUUCCGCUGAACACUGUCUCAUCCUCACUGUUUUUCUUCUCUAAUAAACAUAUUAACUUUAUA